GUGGUUAUUAUGGUAUCUAAAAAGGCAAAGAGAGAGUCUUUCGUUAACGACUUCUAUACAUAGCCUUUCUCCAAUGCUUGACAACUAUGAGAUCUCGCACUCGCAGCAGCAGCAGCUUCUCCAUGCAUGCUAAUUUCCAAAACCUGUAUAUAAUUAACCACCGAAUAAGAUAAGCUGCGAAUCUACUGGCCUUAGAGAUUGAAAUCAUCCGAUCGAUCGUGGCAGGGCGGAGAGAUUGCUGAAUGGCGGCAGCAUUUGUCGGAGAUAACUUGGCGAGGUCGGCGAGCGUACGGGAGGCGUGGCAGGAGCCACCGGACGUGUUCGAGAGGAGCGGCACGCGGCGGGGGGAGGCCGACGACGAGGAGCAGCUGAGAUGGGCAGCGAUAGAGCGGCUGCCGACGUACGACCGGCUGAGGAAGGGGAUACUGCAGCACGUGACGAGCACCGGCAGGGUUCUGAAGAGCGAUGUGGUGGACCUGACUCAGCUCGGCGAUCAGGACAGGAGGCGGCUCAUGGAGAGCAUUCUCAGGGAUGACAACGAGAAGUUUCUUCGCCGCCUCAGAGACAGAGUUGAUAGGGUGGGAAUUGAAAUUCCAAAGAUUGAAGUGAGGUUCCAGAAUUUAUCAGUGGAGGGGGAUGCAUAUAUUGGAAAAAGAGCACUUCCGACUCUACUCAAUUCCACCUUGAACACAAUUGAGGCAGCUCUUGGAAUGAUUGGGCUUUCUCCGUCUAAGAAAAGAAUUGUCAACAUACUUAGAGAUGUUAGUGGAAUCAUAAGACCGUCAAGGAUGACACUACUUCUUGGGCCUCCUAGUGCUGGAAAGACAACAUUAUUACAGGCGCUUGCAGGAAAGUCUGACGAUGAUCUACGGAUAAGUGGAAAAGUUACCUAUUGCGGCCAUGAGUUUGGGGAUUUUGUUCCCCAGAGGACCAGUGCUUAUAUCAGCCAACAUGAUCUCCACCAUGGCGAGAUGACUGUUCGCGAGACAUUAGAUUUCUCAGAUCGUUGCUUGGGAGUUGGAACCAGGUACCAUAUGCUGGUAGAGUUGUCAAGACGCGAGAAAGAUGCCGGCAUUAAGCCAGAUCCCGAGAUUGAUGCAUACAUGAAAUGUACAGCCAUGGCUGGCAUGGAAACCAGUUUGAUCACGGAUUAUGUUCUCAAGAUACUUGGAAUGGAUAUUUGUGCUGAUAUUAUGGUAGGCGAUGACAUGAGAAGGGGCAUUUCAGGUGGACAAAAGAAGCGUGUUACCACUGGAGAAAUGUUGGUUGGACCAGCAAAAGCAUUUUUCAUGGACGAAAUUUCGACAGGGCUGGAUAGUUCAACAACUUUUCAAAUUGUCCAGUUCAUGAGGGAGAUGGUUCAUAUAAUGGAUGUAACAAUGGUCAUCUCUCUCCUACAACCUGCACCUGAGACAUUUGAUCUUUUUGAUGAUGUUAUCCUGCUUUCAGAGGGUCAGAUUGUCUAUCAAGGUCCGCGUGAGAAAGUCCUUGAGUUCUUUGAGUAUAUGGGAUUCAAAUGCCCUGAAAGGAAAGGCAUUGCUGAUUUUCUGCAAGAAGUGACUUCAAGGAAGGACCAAGAGCAGUAUUGGUUUAAUAAAAACCAACCUUACAGAUACAUACCGGUAUCUGAGUUUGCGCAGUCCUUCAGUUCCUUCCACGUAGGGCAGCAAAUAUGCGAAGAGCUUAGAAUCCCUUAUGACACGUCCAAAACCCACCCUGCUGCAUUGGUCACUGAGAAGUAUGGCAUCCCCAAUCGGGAACUCUUCUGGGCAUGCUUUGCAAGGGAGUGGCUACUGAUGAAACGUAACUCUUUUGUAUACAUAUUCAAGACUACUCAGAUCACAAUCAUGGCUACAAUAGCCUUCACUGUCUUCUUAAGAACAAAGAUGAAACCUGGUGAUAUACAAGGUUCUGCAAAAUUUUGGGGGGCACUGUUUUUCAGUCUUAUCAAUGUGAUGUUCAAUGGGAUGGCAGAGCUUGCAAUGACAGUUUUCAGGCUUCCUGUGUUCUUUAAACAAAGGGAUAGCUUGUUCUUCCCUGCAUGGGCUUUUGCCUUGCCAAUUUGGCUCCUCCGAAUUCCUAUUUCAUUGAUGGAAUCUGGAAUAUGGAUUAUACUUACCUAUUACACAAUUGGUUUUGCACCAGCUGCUAGUAGGUUCUUCAAGCAAUUGUUGGCUUUCUUUGGUGUACACCAGAUGGCCCUUUCCCUCUUCCGAUUCCUUGCUGCUGUUGGAAGAACUCCGGUUGUUGCAAACACACUUGGUUCCUUAACGUUGCUACUGUUUUUUGUGCUUGGAGGGUUCGUUGUUGCCAAAGAUGACAUUCAACCAUGGAUGAUAUGGGGUUAUUAUUUAUCUCCUAUGAUGUAUGGGCAAAAUGCUAUUGCAAUCAAUGAAUUUCUGGAUGAAAGAUGGAGUAAACCAAUCCUUGGAUCUUCCCAACCUACGAUUGGAAAGACCCUUCUUAAGGAAAGAGGGCUGUAUGUUGAUGAGUAUUGGUAUUGGAUUUGUGUUGGGGCACUUUUUGGAUAUUCGCUCCUCUUUAAUGUUCUUUUCAUUGUAGCACUUACAUUUUUAAAUUCUCUAGGAGAUUCUAAAGCUGUAAUUGCGGAAGAUGAUCAAAAUAAAAAAAUCUCUCAACAGACAUCCAACAAUGAAGGUAUUGAUAUGGCUGUUGGAGACCCUCAAGGAUCAACUAUUGGCUCUACCAAUCAAGCUAGAAAAGGAAUGGUUUUACCUUUCCAACCCCUCUCUCUAGCAUUCAACCAUAUGAACUAUUAUGUGGACAUGCCUGCAGAAAUGAAGAGCCAAGGUGUUGAAGAAAGCCGUCUGCAACUACUACGAGAUGUUAGUGGUGCUUUCAGGCCAGGUGUUCUGACAGCAUUAGUUGGUGUCAGUGGUGCUGGAAAGACCACAUUGAUGGAUGUGUUAGCAGGAAGAAAAACUGGGGGAUAUAUUGAAGGAAGCAUAGACAUUUCAGGAUACCCAAAAAACCAAGAAACAUUUGCAAGAGUUAGUGGUUAUUGUGAACAGAAUGACAUCCAUUCACCAUAUGUUACCGUCUAUGAGUCUGUCUUAUACUCUGCUUGGUUGCGUCUUUCUAAAGAUGUCAAGACAGAAACAAGGAAGAUGUUUGUGGAGGAAGUGAUGAAUCUUGUCGAACUUAAUCCUUUGAGGAAUGCUUUAGUUGGACUACCAGGAGUAGAUGGUCUUUCAACUGAACAGAGAAAGAGGCUUACCAUUGCCGUUGAGUUGGUUGCUAAUCCCUCCAUCAUCUUUAUGGAUGAACCCACAUCCGGGCUUGACGCCAGAGCUGCUGCAAUUGUCAUGCGUACAGUGAGGAACACAGUAGACACCGGGCGAACCGUUGUCUGCACCAUUCAUCAACCAAGCAUAGAUAUCUUCGAAGCUUUUGACGAGCUGUUGUUGAUGAAGAGAGGAGGCCAAGUGAUAUAUGCUGGUCCUCUUGGUCGCCGUUCUCACAAGCUAGUUGAAUAUUUUGAGGCUAUUCAAGGGGUUCCCAAGAUUAAAGAGGGUUGCAAUCCUGCUACCUGGAUGCUGGAUGUCAGCUCUACUAUAGUCGAGGCUCAACUUGGUAUUGACUUUGCAGAAAUUUACGCCAAUUCUGACCUCUACCGGAGUAACCAAGAGCUUAUCAAGGAGAUAAGCACCCCAGCCCCUGGUUCCAAGGACCUUUACUUCCCUACCCAAUACUCACAACCAUUCUUGACCCAAUGCAAGGCUUGUUUCUGGAAACAACACUGGUCAUAUUGGAGGAACUCACAGUACAAUGCUAUUAGAUUCUUCAUGACGACUAUCAUCGGUGUUAUAUUUGGUGCCAUCUUCUGGAACAAAGGAGAUCAAAUAUACAAGCAACAAGAUCUACUUAAUCUACUUGGUGCUACCUAUUCUGCUGUGCUUUUCCUUGGAGCCAGCAAUGCUUCGGCUGUGCAACCUGUUGUAGCAAUUGAGAGAACUGUUUUUUACCGUGAAAGAGCAGCAGGAAUGUACUCAGAGUUGCCUUACGCAUUCUCUCAGGUGGCUAUAGAAACCAUAUAUGUGGCAAUUCAGACCUUUGUUUAUUCCAUUAUCCUUUACUCAAUGAUUGGGUAUGAGUGGACAGGAGCCAAGUUCUUCUACUUCUACUACUUCAUAUUUAUGUGCUUUACCUACUUCUCAAUGUACGGGAUGAUGGUUGUCGCAUUGACUCCUGGCUAUCAAAUAGCUGCCAUUGUUAUGUCUUUCUUCAUGAGCUUCUGGAACUUGUUCUCCGGUUUCCUCCUCCCCAGGCCGCUUAUCCCGGUGUGGUGGAGGUGGUACUACUGGUGCUCUCCGGUUGCUUGGACAAUCUAUGGCAUUUUCACUUCUCAAAUAGGCGACAAAACGAACACGCUUGAAACACCCGGGGGGCCAUCGAUGUCGGUCAAAGCAUUCCUCAAGGAGUACUUGGGUUUCGAUCAUGACUUCCUCGUACCUGUUGUUCUUGCCCAUGUUGGAUGGGUCCUGCUCUUCUUCCUCGUCUUUGCUUAUGGCAUCAAGUUCCUCAACUUCCAAAGGAGAUGAUAGAGAAAGCUUCAUAAUUUAUUCGACUCUGGAGACUUAAUUCACAAUGUAUGGAUUCACAUAGCGAAGGGAAUCAGUGUAGUAUAUAUACCACUUUGGUUAAUCCUCUCUGAAAUUUGUCCCUUCUCACAUAUCUUUUGUGGGUGUGUCUGUGUUGUUAUUCGCAAUGAACAAGCUCGAGUUUGAAAUUUGAAUUGAUGGCAUCUUUCUCGUUGAU